AUGGCUUCUCUGUUAUACAACAAAUCAAAUCCACUGGCUUCCUUUCUCCCCAAAACUAAGCUCCUUAUCCAACGGCGUUGUUACGCAGCUGCGUCACAUGGGCCGCUGCCAGCUGCAUUGGGCAAGGGAGGGUCCAGGAGCUCUAUGGUAGAAGAGCGGGUCGUGAAUGCUGUGAAAGAAGAAUCUGGGCUUGGCUCUUCAUCUGCGUGGGCCCCAGAUCCCCUAACUGGAUAUUACAGGCCCUCCAAUUGUUCGGACGAGAUUGACCCGGUGGAGCUCCGAGAAAUGCUGUUGAAACACAGAACGAAGUGA